UGGGUACUGCGUUACCGCCAUCAGUACAAUCGUUCAUUUCGUUUGGGAUCAUCGUACUCAUUAGUACUCCGGUGGUUGUCGCGUCCUCCGCACAUCCACUGUCAUCAAGUAUUUUUAUUUUUUUUUCAUCCACUUCAAUCGACUGAAACAUUUGCAAUGUCUCAUCGUAAAUUUAGUGCUCCUCGUCAUGGUUCUAUGGGUUUCUACCCAAAGAAGCGCGCACGUCGUCAUCGUGGUAGAGUAAAGUCUUUCCCUAAAGAUGAUCCGAGCAAACCAAUCCAUUUAACUGCUUUCAUUGCAUACAAAGCUGGUAUGACCCACGUGGUUCGUGAAGCUGACCGUCCAGGAUCAAAACUCAACAAGAAGGAAAUUGUAGAGCCCGUUACCAUUUUGGAAGCUCCACCCAUGAUCAUUGUUGGCGUUGUAGGUUAUGUUGAGACUCCUUAUGGUCUUAAGCCUUUGAAGACUGUGUUCGCUGAACAUUUGUCUGAAGAUUGCCGCAGACGUUUCUACAAGAACUGGUACAAAUCUAAGAAGAAGGCUUUUGUCAAGUACUCGAGGAAGUGGCAAGAUGAAAAUGGUAAAAGACAAAUUGCCAAGGAUCUUGGUAAAAUUGCCAAAUAUUCCAAAGUUAUCCGUGUCGUUGCACAUACUCAGAUGAAAUUGUUGAAGAAACGUCAAAAGAAAGCUCACAUUAUGGAAAUCCAAGUUAAUGGAGGUACAGUUGCUGAAAAAGUACAAUGGGCUAAAGAACAUUUUGAGAAGCCAGUACCUGUUUCUCAUGUUUUCGCUCCAGAUGAGAUGAUUGAUUGUAUUGGUGUCACUAAGGGUCGUGGAUACAAAGGUGUUACAUCUCGUUGGCAUACAAAGAAGUUGCCGCGCAAGACCCAUAAAGGUCUUCGUAAGGUUGCUUGUAUUGGAGCAUGGCAUCCCAGUCGUGUCCAGUUCACUGUUGCUCGUGCUGGUCAAAAAGGUUACCAUCAUCGAACUGAAAUCAAUAAGAAGAUAUACCGUAUUGGUCUUGGAAUUCAUACCAAGGAUGGAAAGGUUAUUAAAAACAAUGCAUCAACUGAGUAUGAUUUGACCGAGAAGACCAUAACUCCCAUGGGAGGUUUCCCACAUUAUGGUGAAGUUAACAAUGAUUUCCUCAUGAUCAAGGGAUGUUGUGUCGGUCCUAAGAAGCGAGUCAUUACUCUUCGUAAAUCUUUGUUGGUACACACAAAACGUGCUGCUUUAGAAAGUAUAAACUUGAAAUUCAUCGAUACCUCAUCCAAAUUCGGUCAUGGACGCUUCCAGACUGUUGCCGACAAGGCAGCUUUCAUGGGUCCAUUAAAGAAGGACAGGAUUCGAGAAGAAGAAAAAGCUACUGCAGCUGCAAAAUAAUUGUACAAUUUUAUUAUUUGACAAUUAUAAUAAAAACCUAAAAAGUUAAA